CCUACCCUUUCGUACCUUUUCAUAUUAAUAGUUCUUAGGUUAAUUAUUCUUUACGCCUUUUUCUCUCGUGUGCUUGUAAAUUGGGACUGUUUAUAUAAUGGGCUUGAUCUAAAGAAGCUUAGAAAUAGUACACAGAGCCUUCACAAGAGAUUGGGCUUCACUUGCCGUUAAAUCCUAGGCUGCUGAAGAUUCGGGGGGAAACAGUGGGAACAGAUUGGAAAUGUCAAACGCGAAGUAUUCUUCAACCGCCACCGCAGCCGGCAUCUCUCUACGUGAAAAAGCGUCAUCUUCUUCCAUGGCAGCAACAGUAUCCAAGGCACUGCCUUCACUGUAUGUCCGUGAGGUUGAAAGCUUUUUCAUCCGCAAUGGAUGUUGGGACCAUCUCGCUGAAAAUACCACGUCGUUGGAUUUCUAUUCCCAUCUCUUUCGCCAUCUUCUCAAGGUCAAGCACGUCUACAGUGGCCGUGUCUCUUGCUUCUUCUCCGUCCUACCGGCUUUCACCAAUAUUUUCAAAGGACUGCACGGAGGAGCUAUUGGAGCUAUAGCAGAGAGGGUGGCAAUUGCUUGCGCUAGAACAGUAUGGGCCGAGGACAAGGAGCUCUUCCUUGGCGAAUUAAGCAUGUCUUAUCUCUCUGCUGCUCCACUAAAUGAGGUUUGUGUAGUUGAAGGGUCUAUUGUGAGGAGUGGAAGAAAUUUGAUUGUAGUUGCAAUGGAGUUCAAAAUCAAGAAAACUGGGAAACUGGCCUACAUAGCUCGAGCUACUUUGUAUCAGAUUCCUACUGCCAAAUUAUGAAAUUGGUGUGGAUCGAGAUACAUAUCUGAUUUUUCAAUAAUUCAACGAGAAUUAAUUAAUAAUUACUGUAUUUUCACGGCUUUAGGGAUGCUGUCUGCUAUUGUUGCUAAGCCUUAAUUCGAGUUUGUUUAAUAUGUGCACAGAUAGCUUGUAAUUAGAUUUUUUUUUUUUUUAUGUAUUUUAAGUGGUUAAAUACACUGUAUAAAAGUUAUUAUUUAUUAUUAAUGUUAAUUAAAUCUUAAAUAAA